AUGCGGCUUGCUGCAAGAAUGAGUUUUUUAGUUGGGAUUGCUGUCAUAGCUUACUCUCUAGUGUACAUGUCAUUUAUUAGACAUCAGGAGUCUAGAGACAGCAGGUUACAAAAACCAGAAGAUACUGAAGUUCUUACCAGAUUGAGGAGAAUAGAAGAUCAAAUAAAUAAAAUAGCCAAAUCCAUAGAGUACAGAAAUCAAAAAGACAAAGUGACUGAUGGGGAGCAAAAAACUAUGACGAAAAUUAAAAUGAAGAAGUUGUAUCCACGAUCAUCUCUCUUCAGCUCAUGGAGAGCUGAACUCACUGAGGAGGAACAGAUAGAGGCGGAAAAGCAGUUUCAGGAAUAUGGCUACAAUUCUUUUCUCAGUAACAGAUUACCGCUCAACAGAACAAUCCCUGAUACUCGAGACCCCAGAUGUGCUGAGAAGAGCUACCCCAAAGACCUUCCAACCAUUAGUGUGGUUCUGAUUUAUCUGAAUGAGGCUCUGUCGAUCAUAAAGAGGGCUAUCUGCAGCAUCAUUGACAGAACACCUGCACAUCUGCUGAAGGAAAUUGUCUUGGUAGAUGACCAUAGCUCCAAUGAUGAUAUGCAGUUGUCUCUGGAUGAAUAUAUUGAUCUGAUUAAUAAAGACAAGCCUGGCUUGCUCAAGAAAGUGAGACACAAAAGGCAGAUGGGUCUUGCAAAGGCAAGAAUUUCAGGCUGGGAGGCAGCCACAGGCCAAGUGGUGGCCAUUUUGGAUGCCCACAUUGAGGUUCAGAAGGAAUGGGCAGAGCCACUGCUUGCAAGAAUUAAAGCCGACAGGAAAAUAGUGCUUUCCCCUGUGUUCGACAAAAUACUUUAUGACACCCUGGAGGUUAUUCAGUAUUACCCAGCAUCUCAAGCAUUUGAUUGGGCUCUUUGGUGCUUGUAUGAGUCCUUCCAUUCAGAAUGGUACACACUUAAUGACCUAUCAGAACCAGGGAAGAGUCCCUCUGUCAUGGGUAUCUUUGUAGCUGAUCGUCAGUUCUUAGGAGAAAUUGGUCUUUUGGACGAAGGAAUGAUAAUUUAUGGGGGUGAAAAUGUUGAAUUAGGAAUACGUGUCUGGCUCUGUGGCGGAAGUAUUGAAGUGGUGCCGUGUUCUAGAAUCGCGCACAUUGAAAGAGCACAUAAGCCCUAUUCACCGGAUCUCAAUAAGAACAUGAUUCGAAAUGCAUUACGGGUAGCUGAAAUCUGGAUGGAUGAAUAUAGAUCAAAUGUGAAUAUUGCCUGGAAUCUCCCGCUCAAGGAUCAUGGAAUUGAUAUAGGAGAUGUGACCGAGAGAAAACAGUUACGAGAAAAACUUAAAUGUAAGCCCUUCAAAUGGUAUCUGGAAAAUGUUUAUCCUCAGCUAGACACCUGGGAGGACAUAGUUGCUUAUGGUGCGUUAAAGAACGAUCUGCAAGAAAACAUCUGCAUUGAUCAAGGACCUGUUCCAGGAAGUGUACCAAUUAUCUAUGGGUGUCAUUACUAUAGCCCUCAGCAAUGUUACUAUAACCGUAAUGGAGAGAUCUACAUUGGAGGCAUCAAAUCUCACACUUAUGAUUCUAACCGUUGUCUGAUGGAUUCUGGCACUGGAAGCACACCUUCAUUACAUGACUGUAAAAAUGCCAAGGAGAAAGGACUCAGUAUAUACUGGAACUUCACCCAGGGCCAUGAAAUAAGAAAUAAAAAUACAAACCGAUGUCUUGAGAUUGCCCAAGGAGAGGAUUCCUACUAUUAUCUACUCUUGCAAACAUGCACAGGACAAAAAUGGAGAAUACAACAUGUUGUCAAAGACUUUUAA